GAACAAACCCCGCCAUCCUGGAACACGAGGCUCGAGAUUAUUGAGCGGCUUCAUCUUCAGGUAGUUGUUUAGACACGAUUCGAGGUACACUUUAGCAUACCACACAACUUCCCUCCUCCAUUCCUCGCUUCACGAAGCCACAAUGACUACCACCCUCUUCCCAACAACCUACCCAACCGGCAAAUUCAUCCUCGCCGCCUCAACCUGCACCUACCACAUCCCCACCUCCUCCAUCGUACUGGUGCACAAGCACCACUCCCCCUCAACCCCACGCACCUCCUGGGACUGGUUCCUCCCCCGCGGCCGCAAAGACAUAAACGAGUCCAUCCAUGCCACCGCCAUCCGCGAGACGAGCGAAGAAUCCGGGUACACCCCCACGCUGCUCGCAACAUCGCACAACACGCUACAGCCCGGCUCCGACGAGGAGCACGCAGAAGCAUUCCACAUGCAAUUGAUCCCGUACUUCAAACGCGCCGGGGUGUGCAUGUAUGUUGCGUUUUAUUACCUGGCCACCAUUGCGGACGUGGUGCGUGCGGAGGAUUACGGCGACGGGUUCGAUGGCCGGCACGAGGCUGGGUACGAGAGUGAGGUUGUGAAGAUUGAGGAGGCAGUGGAGGUGCUGAGCGGGGGGAAGUAUGUACUUAGGGACGGUGAGGUGUAUGACAUUGUCGAGAAGAGGAUGGUGGGGGUGGACGGGGUUGUUGACAGGUUUUUUGAAGUGGGUGUUGUGGUCAGAGGGUGGAGGGAGGUCCAGAAGCAUUUUGCGAAGGCCGGGGGGCAGGGGGUGCAGUUAGGAGACCACAUUUAAAGACGUUAGCUUAGACUAGGGUAAAGGGGGUAUGUCUUGAUCAUUAUAACGAUUUCUCCAUCAAUUGGAGACAUGCGAGGCACCUAGUGCGGUUGGAAUUAGGUAGUCUUAAUAUCC